AUGCAAAUAAAAGUUAAGACAAUAGCUGGAAGAGACUUAGAGCUUACUGUUGAUCCUGAGGACACUGUUCUAGAUCUGAAGCAAAAAAUAGAGAGCAUCGAGUUGAUCCCUGUAGAGCAGCAGAGGCUUGUAAGCAAUGGGAGGAUAUUGAUGAAGGAAAAAGACACACUUGCCAGCUUGAAUAUAAUUUCUGGGAAUGUUGUCCACAUGGUGUUGGCCCUUAGGGGAGGAUAG